CCAUUUCUUUAAUAUGUGUCACAUCCUCAUUAGCCCCUUAAUCAGUCUCCCUAAUUUUCUCUCUCCUAUUUAACUCCACCUCUGACCUCCCAUUUUCCAACCUCACAACUUUACUCUUCUUCACACUUUAUCAGCUCAACAAUGGCUUCUCUUCUGCAAAUCUCCCAACUUUUCUCUCUCCUCUUUUUACUCACUCUCUCUCCUUCUCUCUCCUCAACUUGCACUUCCCCAAAACUCAUUUCUUCCUACCAAACAUGUACUCAACUCUCUUCUCUCUCUUCUUCUCUCCACUUCACCUACAACCGUCUCAACAAGUCACUCUCAAUUGCCUUCACUGCCACUCCACCUUCUCCUUCUGGUUGGGUUGCUUGGGGUAUUAACCCCACUUCUACCGGCAUGGCCGGUACCCAAGCUAUUCUCGGUUACAGAAAUUCUGAUGGUACAAUGUCUGUUAAAACGUUAAAUAUCUCAUCUUAUUCUGACCUUGUUGAAGGGAAACUUUCAUUUGAUGUUUCUGAUAAAAGAGCUGUUUUUAAUUCUGGUGAUGGGUCUAUUACCAUAUUUGCUACGGUUCAGAAUCCGGGUGAUGGGAAAAUUAACCAUGUUUGGCAAGUGGGUCCCAGUGUUUCUAAAGGAUUUCCUGAUAAACAUGACUUUAAACCCGAAAAUCUCGCGUCAAAAGGGAGUUUGGAUUUGAAUGGUUCGGGUCAAAGUGGGAGUUCUUCAUCGGAUACUUCGAGUUCCAAUGAUGCAACCAAGAAAAGAAAUAUUCAUGGAAUAUUGAAUGCUAUUAGUUGGGGACUAUUGUUUCCAAUUGGAGCUAUCAUAGCAAGAUAUUUGAGAACAUUUGAGUCUGCAGAUCCUGUAUGGUUUUAUGUCCAUGUUUCAUGCCAAAUAUCUGGAUAUGCUAUUGGUGUUGCGGGCUGGGCUACCGGUCUUCAGCUCGGAAGUAAAUCGGUAGGGAUUGUUUACACGAGCCAUCGCUACAUCGGCAUUGCCCUCUUUGCUCUUGCUACUUUACAGAUUUUUGCACUGUUUCUAAGACCGAAGAAAGAGCACAAGUUGAGAUUUUACUGGAACAUUUAUCACCACAGUGUUGGAUAUGCCAUCCUUACCCUUGGGAUCAUCAAUGUAUUCAAAGGCCUAAAUAUACUUGAUCCUGAAAAGAAAUGGAAAUCCACAUACGUUAGCAUUCUUAUUGUGUUGGGUGCCAUUGCUGUGUUGCUGGAACUUUUUACGUGGAUUGUAGUCUGGCGUAGGAGAUCUAGCAGAUCCACCAAGCCCUACGCUUGAUCGAUUGUUUGGCAGUUUGCGAACACACGUUGAUUGGAAUUUGCUGGAUCAUCAAAUACUUUUAUAGUUGACUUAUUUAACACGGGGAUAUUUCUCCCACUUGUCUGUUAUAGUGUAUAUUGGCUUGUGAUAGUUGUGGUAUAUAUGCAGAUUCAUCUUCUGGUAUCUUAUGUAUGUUAGCUAGUAAUCCUAGAAAGGACGUGAGAUCAGUUUCAGUUGUUUGUGCGAGUGUGUUCCUAAAUUCUUUUCUUCUUUCAUGGAGAAAUUUAAAUUUCAGGUUUUAGCUUAGGACAGGAAUUUGUAAUGUUUUACCUCGAUUAAUGGUGAUUUGUUUUCUAAA